AGGGGUGUGUAUUUGUUUCACAUGGUUUGUUAGCUUCACACUAUACACUUGAGCAGAAAUCCACACAUACAAACACAUAGACACACAACUCACUCCCUGGAUUUUUCUUCUUGGAUUAUGAACUAAAGGACAGACAUGAAGCUCCACUUUCCUCUGUUUGUGCUGCUGUGCCUCUGCAUGACUUUGCACUACACUGUGCAGCUAGACAGCAGUGCUUUCUUGAUCUACAAUGAGGCUCACAACAAAUGUGUGAAGGUGAUAGAUCCCAACGUGGCACAGGCCAGUGACUGUGACUUGUCUUCAGACACGCAGCGCUUCCGUUGGAUUUCCUCUUCUCGGAUCCUAAGCAUCUCCCACAAACUGUGCCUUGGAGCUCAGGACCUUAAAGAUUGGGUUAGAGUUGUUCUGCUCCCCUGCAAUGAGCUCAGUCCUAUGCAGAUAUGGGAGUGCAAGAACGAGACUCUGUUUGGUAUAAAGGGCCAACCAUUGCAUCUGAAUUACGGCAAUCGCCAUGAGCCCAAUAUACUGCUGUACGCAGGGACAGGUUCCUGGAGCCGCUGGCAGAUAUAUGGCAAUAAGAAAGACCUGUGCUCUCACGGAUACCAAGAGAUAUUCACCAUUGGUGGCAAUGCUUUGGGCAGCCCCUGUCAGUUUCCCUUUAUGUUUGGAGAGAAGUGGCACGCUGAGUGCACCCUUGAGGGGCGAUCUGAUGGACAGCUUUGGUGCGCCACAGUCACAGACUACAGCAAGGACAAGAAAUGGGGUUUCUGUCCAACAAAAUCAUCAUCAGGUUGGGACACUGAUCCAGUAACCGGUGUGUUGUACCAGAGGAACACUCAAUCAGUGCUGACUUGGCAUCAGGCUCGCAAAAGCUGCCAGCAGCAAGAUGCUGAUCUACUCAGCAUCAUGGAACUGCAUGAGCAAACAUAUAUAUCAGGGUUAACUAAUAUACUUGGUUCGUCUCUUUGGAUUGGACUGAAUAGCCUGGAUUUUGAAAGUGGCUGGCAAUGGAGCAAUGGAAACCCAUUUAGAUAUCUGAACUGGGCUCCAGGCCACCCCUUACUGGAGCCUGGCAUGAACUGUGCAGCACUUAAUGCUGGGAAAGCAUCUAAAUGGGAGAGUAUAGCCUGUAGUAGUAAACUUGGAUACAUCUGCCGCAAGGGAAACUCCACUACCAUUACACCUUCAGUAGAUAAAGACCAGCCCAGUUUCUGCCCACCCACCUGGGUGCCGUAUGCUGGUCACUGCUACUCUCUCUCACGUACUAAGAUGAUGUGGAAAGAUGCUCUGACAGCCUGUCGUAAAGAAGGAGCCGACCUAAUCAGUAUUCACAAUAUAGAGGAACACAGCUUUAUUAUAUCACAGAGUGGAUACUUGCCCACUGAUGAAUUAUGGAUAGGUCUAAAUGAUCAGAAGACUCAGAACCUGUUUGAAUGGUCAGACAGAACUCAUGUCACCUUUGCCAAGUGGCUUGUGGGAGAACCUUCACACACAGCUGUCCUCAGAGAAGACUGCGUUCUCAUGAAAGGAAAGGAGGGGAAGUGGGCAGACCACAUGUGUGAAAAAGAGUAUGGCUACAUGUGUAAGAAGAAAGCCUCCACCAAACCUGCAGGGUCAACUGAGGUGAUCAGUCCUGGAUGUCCUGCUGGUUGGAUCAGGUUCAACUCCUACUGCUACAGCAUUGCUGUAGAAGCCAAAACCUUCAAUGAGGCCAAAACAGCAUGUGGACAGAGUGCAUCUAACCUAGUACAAGUUGCAGACAGGUAUGAGAAUGCUUUUCUGAUCAGCCAGAUUGGCUUACGGCCUGAAAAAUAUUUCUGGAUUGGUCUGUCCAAUACAGAACGUGCAGAACGCUUUGAGUGGACAAAUAAGCAAACAGUCAAAUUUACACAUUUUAAUGUAGGAAUGCCAGAUAGGCACCAGGGCUGUGUUGCCAUGAGAACUGGGACCUCAGCAGGAUUAUGGGAUGUAAUCGCCUGUGACAGUAAAGAGAAGUACAUCUGUAAGAAAAUAGCAGAGGGUGUUACUACAACCAGAGAGCCUCCUCUGACACAACCUCUCAGUUGCCCCUCCAAAUGGAUAAAAAAAGACCCUGCCAAUUGCAUUCAGAUAUUUAGAAAUGAAAGAGAGAAAAAGAAAACAUGGUUUGAGGCACGUGAUUUCUGCAAAGCCAUUGGUGGUGAUCUUGCUAGCUUUCACACUGAAGCUGAAACCAAAAAUUUACCGUAUGGUGGGGGAAAUGAUCCAGCAUGGAUUGGCUUUAAUAUUCUGGAUGAUAAUGCUGGAUUUGAAUGGUCAGAUGGAACUUCAUCAAACUAUGAGAACUGGGCCUAUGGGGAGCCCAAUAAUUACAAUUCUAAUGAGCUUUGUGCAGAAGCCAGCUUCUACUAUGGUCAUAGGUGGAAUGAUAGGGAUUGUGAAGCCUACAAUGAUUGGAUCUGUCAGAUACGACUGGGUACAACUCCAAAACCUAUACCUACAGGCACCCCCCAAGUGGAGUUUAACAUUACGGAAGAUGGCUGGAUCCAGUUCAAUGGUAGUCAGUACUACAUUAAUAACGAACGUCUGGAUAUGGAAGAUGCUCGUGCAUUUUGCAAGAAGAACCAUUCUGACCUUAUUGUCAUUACCGGUCAAAGUGAGAGGAAGUUUAUAUAUAAACAGAUUUCAAGAGGCCCAGAGGACCAGUACUACAUUGGAAUGACAGUGGCACUGGAUAAAUCCUUUAGUUGGGUGGAUGGUUCCCCAGUUGUCUAUACAGCAUGGAACCAGAAUGAACCAAACUUUGCCAACAAUGAUGAAAACUGUGUUACCAUGUACAAGAGUAUGGGAUUCUGGAAUGAUAUCAAUUGUGGAGUACAAUUACCCUCUAUCUGUAAAAGAAGGGUUAACUUUGUCACCAGCACAGCGGCUCCUACCACUGCACCAAAGGGAGGCUGUAGUUCAGACUGGACAGCUUUUCAGGGAAAAUGUUAUAAAUUUGUAGGGAAAGAUGGUGGCGAAGAGAAAUCAUGGCAUGAUGCUCGACUAUACUGCAUCUCUCAAGGAGGCAACUUAGUGUCCAUUCUGAGUCAAGCAGAGCAAGCAUUUCUCACCACUUUGAUGCUCAGUGCACGUGAUGACAUGUGGAUUGGCUUGAAUGAUGUCAACUGGGAGAUGCGUUUCUUUUGGACAGAUGGGAAAGGUGUCAAGUUUACCAACUGGGCCAAAGGUUAUCCAGUGUCAGUUCCAGAUGGACGCAGAGCAUAUGGAGUAGAUGACCUCUUCUCAAGGUGGGACUAUGACAUUCCAGGAGAAACCAGGUUUGACUGUGUCAUUAUGGUGAAGGCACCAGACAGGAUUACUGGCAUGUGGAAGGUUGAGGACUGUGAAGAGAAACGAGGUUUUGUGUGCAAGAGGAAUAUUGAUUCUCAGAUCCAAGUUCCAGUGACAACAAUGUCAACAGCGUCAUAUUUUAAACUGGGAAAUAAUUCAUAUAAGAUACAAACUGAGAAGAUGAGCUGGGAUGAGGCAAGGAGGCAGUGCAAAGCAGACGAUGCUGACUUAGCUAGUGUGUUAGACUCUGUCACCCAGGCAUUCAUCACCCUCAGGACUGGCAGAUUGAAAGAGCCUGUGUGGAUUGGCCUGAACAGCAAUGUGACCGGUGGACGAUACCGCUGGACGGAUAACUGGUUACUGCGCUACACUAAAUGGGCUGCAGGUGAGCCACUGAGAAACCAGGCUUGUGUAUACAUUGACACAGAUGGAACAUGGAAAACAUCAGAAUGCAGCAAAAGCUACUACUCUCUCUGCAAACGCUCACCAGAUAUCGCGCCCACUGAUCCCCCUCAGCUCCCAGGACGCUGCCCAGAACCAAAGAAAUCCAAGGUUUGGAUUCCUUUCCGAGGACAUUGUUAUGUUUUUGUAGCCUCAAGGAAUGAGAACUGGGCCCAUGCUUCAGUGGAGUGUAUGAGAAUGGGUGCAUCAUUGGUGAGUGUGGAGGAUGCACUGGAGUCUACCUUCAUCCGCCAGAAUAUUGAGAUUCUUCAUGAUGAAGCUAAAUCUUUCUGGAUUGGCAUCCACCGCAGCUACACAGGUGAGUGGAUGUGGAUUGAUAACACUGUGGUGGACUACACUAAUUGGGCACCACGGUCACCUGGUACCCACGGCGACUGUGUGGAGGCUAAAUCAGAAAGUGGCUUGUGGAUAAACUCUCACUGCAGUGCGUACAGAGCCUAUAUCUGCAAAACCCCCAAAAUUAUACCACCAACUGAGAAACAGCCGGCAAUUCAACCACAUGUGGAAGAAGCCUCUCAUGGCUACACUGGUAUCGCUGUAGCAGUUGUAUUGGUGAUAAUUGCUGUAGCAGGACUGGCUGCCUUCCUCUUCUAUAAAAGACCAACUAUCCCAGUAGUCGGGGAGUGUACGUUUGAUAACACACUCUACUUUAACAACCCUGCACGAUCUACCACUACAGUAGACACCAAGGGACUGGUUACCAACAUGGAACAAAAUGAGCAUGCAUAACACACACACACGCACACACAGUGUUACAACAAAUUUCUAUGUUAAUUACACAAAAGAAAAAUGUGUUUUUUAAAUAAUCAAGAUGUAUAGAUGAAUUUUGUACAUCACCAAUCUGCUUGGUAGUAGGAAGAUGUCUGCUCAAUAUUUAGUAGAGUAAUACACAAAACACUUUGUCCACUCUGCUAAACAUGAGGUGAUGAAAUCACAUGUUGCUUAUUUACAUCUUAUAGUACUUUCUUUAAUCCUAAAAAUGUUCAAGAUAAUAUAGGACAAUGUAAAUGUUCAUAGACUGUAUACCACCAUAUUUUUAUUCUCAGAGCUGUGCUUUAUUGACAUUGUCAUUUAUUAUUUUACAUUUUAAAUUUGCUAUUGUAAAUAAAUGUUUAAAGAACUAAAAAGGAAUGAAGCAUGAAUCUAUCUUAGUUGUUAAAAAUAUUAUAGAUAUUUUUGUUCAGCUUUAUGAAAUGUAAAAUACUUGCCUGAUAUAACAUUAACAUAAUGAACUGAAUGAGUUUGAGCCUGUGUUCAGCUAUAGAAUAUAUAAUGAAGUGCUGCUCUCUCUCUCUCUCUCUCUCUCUCUCUCUGGGGUUCUCUAUUUGUUUCCCUAUAUCUCUCUCUCUCUCUCUCUCUCUCUCUCUCUCUCUGUCUGACUCUCAUACAACCUACAUGAUCCCCACAAUCAUUUCUAAAAUGAGGCUCAUACUGCCAUAGUAACCACUGACCUAAGAGCCUCAACCAGAGGCUACUAAUCCCCUGCAAGGGGCACUAGCAUAUUUGCUCAUUAAAGCAUUUACCCGUGCUCUGGAAUUCAUGCCAUAGAUUUCUCCCAGCUUUCUGAACCUUGGAGAAGGAAUAUAUUCUUUUCUUCAGCUACACAGUGGACUGGAAAGAAAAGCAAGGCCAGUAAUUUCAUAAUUAAAGUUGAGAUUUAAAGAGAGGGACUAAAAAUAAAUUGUUUAGACUUUAUAGUCUUGGAGUGAGUUGUUGUUUUUGGUGUUGCUGGUAUUGGUGUAGCAUAAUAGUCAGUACAGUGUGUAGUCAAUAUUGUGAGUUAUAAGAACUUGCUAGUCAUGGAGAGCAUUUUGAUUCUGUGCAUAGCUGAUGCAUGGGUAGAGUUUGUGUGUGCAUGUUUCAGGAUUUGUGUAGUCAGUUUUUAGGCACGGGCUUAGAUACUGUGUAUGUGAAGUUAACGUACAUGUAAACAAAUCUUGCCCUGUCCUAUAGUAUCAGCAAAGAACUUACUAUUGUCUGUCUACGUUCUUAAUUUAACGCAAAACCCAAGCUCUUUCACCUUUUCCAAGUUUCUGUUUUUCUCCUGUUUGUUCAGAAAUGCUUUUUGGGCAGAAUAGGAGUCAAUGUAAAGGCUUGAAGAAGCUCAUUAAUGGGGCCUUUUUCUGGCCUCCUGCUACUCCAAAGAUUCUUUGAAAAGCCCCUUAAUUACAAUUCAUUAAAGAAAAAAAACAUGCCCUCUCAGCCUACUCCCCCCAAGCCCUUUGCUAUUCACAUACUACAGUUUCUCUCCAUUUCAUGCCUUCAUUUCAUACUUCAUCAAGCUUUUUGGUCUAUAACAAAAACUCUUAUAGUUUGUGCUUCUUUUCUCUUUCUGCUUCUCCUGUGUCCUGUGCAGGUUUCAGUUACCGUGAGCGUACGUACAUGCAGGGGUGUGUUAGUUGCAAUGUGCAGUUUGUACAGAUUAUGGCCUGUGCUGGGCCUUCUCAAUGGCCUGAGUAACUGGAUACCAGUGGCAAAAAGUCAGGAAGCCUUGCGAAGGGAAGAUGUGGGUUCUUUGGUCAGUGAGCUCUUCAGGAUUGUCGAGUGUCCAGAAAACCAGCAGCUCUGUGAGAAGGUAUGAAGAAGAGGUCUAACCUAUCCACCUCAAAUUCCAAAAAUGAAUCUAAGACCACUUCCUGCUCAACACAAGGUCAAUAAAUCCAGUGCUAAGAUUGAACAAGGAUGUACAUGGCUAAAACACAAAAAACUGUUAAUUUAAUUCACUAUAGUAACAAAACUACACAUUAAUUCAAACCCAUUUCUAUUCUUAAGCAAUGUUUAAAGUAAAAAAGGUGAACAUUUAUUUUCAUGAUGUGAUAAAAUAAAAUUGCCCACCAUGAGCAAACCAAUCAAAAUCUACCAUGUACUUUGACAUAAGAAUUAUUGAGGAUACCCUUCUAAUAAUAGAACUCUCAUAAGCACCAAAAGCAAACAGGUCAGGUUCUAAAUGAUUUUAUAUAUUUUUCUUUUUACUUAUGUUGUUAUUUUUUUCUAUUCUUUUCCACAUACUUUGAAUUAUGCCCCAUUACUGCUUGUUUAUUUCUUUAAUUUCAUCAUUGGUUACAGCCAUCUCCUUAGAUUCUUACUAAAUCUGCUAAGCCAAAGCAAGAGAUUGUUAAGUGUGAUGUGAACAGAGCUUUCCUCAUUGCAGCUUUAAACUUAAUGUCAACAGGAAUCUUCUCUUUUCUAAGAAUCCGUCCAUGCGUAGCACUUGUUGCUUCUCUAAUAAUAAAAGGAAUUCAUGGGAAUGUA